AUGAGUUCACCAUCACCUGAUGAUACUGGCACGGGUGAUGAUCUACAUACCCAAGAUAUUGAAGGGAGAAUCAAGUUGGUGAAGAAUAAGAGAAAGAGUAUCCGAGGAAAAAUAACUAGAACUAUCCACAGAGUGCAAGAAGCUAUUGCUCAAGAGAAUGUGAGUCGACGAAGACUGUUGAAAGAACUUGAGGAGUUACGUACAGACUAUACUAAGGUCUGUGAGAUACAUGCAGAACUUUAUACCUGUGUUGAUGAAACUCAGGUUGCCAGGUUAGACCAGUGGGAGGCUGAUGUAAUAAAUGACAUCUACACCUUUGAGGAAGAGGCUGAAGAUUACUUACUGUCACUUAGUGAAAAUGGAGAGGAAGAUCUAUCACACAGUAAAUCACAGAAACAGAAGACUACAAAGUCUAAUCAUGCUAAUAAGUCUCAUCAUUCUACUCCAUCGGGUUCAGGGAGCAAUGCUGAACAGAAUUCAUCAGCUGAUGGUCAUUCUGGUGACACAGGGCAAAUCAACAAAAUCUUACAGACACAUCCACAGAUUCACCGGAUCAGUCACAAUCUAACACCAUUGGAAGCCAGCAAAGACAUUCCAACUGUUACCUUAGGGAAGUUUGAUGGAAACCCUCUGGAGUAUGUGAACUUUAUUGAGAAGUUCAAAAUUCAUAUUCAUAAUAAACCUCAUCUGUCAGAUGAUAGGAUGAUGCAGCUGAGAAUGCAUGUAUCAGGUGAUGCAGAGAGGGCUAUAUCUGGACUUGGUUCAAGUGGAACAAUGUGUGCCACAGCCGUGAAGAUUCUACAAGAUCAGUUUGGUCAGGAUAUUGACUUCCCACACAAAGCUGGACCGAUUGACCUGAUAUUGGGAGUACACUACAGUCACCUGCAUGCGGAAGAAGAGGUACGCCAAGGACUGCCAUUUGAACCAAUUGGGAAGCGGACGAAACUAGGAUGGUAUGCGAUGGGACCAGACAAAACACAACGUCUAUCAUCCAUCUGUUCAGUUAACUUUGUUGACAAAGUUAAUCUUGAGAAGUUUUAUGACUUUGAGACCCUUGGGAUUCAGGCUCCCAAUUGUGACUGCCCAACUGAAGUUAUGUCAGGCGAAGAUCGUAAGGCACUUGAAUUGAUGCAAUCAUCUUGUGUCAAGCAGGGAGAUAGAUAUGAGAUUGGUCUUCCAUGGGAAAGGGAUCCAUCAUCAUUGCCAAACAACUACUUUCUUGCCGAGAAGCGCCUCUGUUCUCUGGAACGCAGUCUCCAGAAAGACGACGCAAAGGCGAAGAUGUACAAUGACGCCAUUCAUGAAUAUGAACAGAAUGCCUGGGCUGAGAAAGUUGAUAUGAGUAAAUCACAUUGUGAUCAGGGACCAGUGUAUUAUCUUCCUCAUCACGGAGUCUACCGGCCUGAUAAACCAAGCACACCCCUUCGUGUGGUGCUUGACCCAGCGUGUCAGUACCAAGGUGUGUCACUGAACUCCUACUUGUACAAAGGUCCAGGGUUGAUAGGAAAGCUACUUGGCGUUCUUCUUAGGUUUCGUGAAGAACCUGUAGCCAUAGUUGGAGACAUUUCCAAGAUGUAUUUACAGAUAAAACUCAAAGAUAGUGAUACACAUGUUCAUAGAUUCCUCUGGAGAGACAUAGAAACAGCCACAUGCCCUACUGUUUACAGACUUCUCCGAGUCACAUUUGGUGACAAACCAUCACCUGACAUGGCGAGUUAUGUUGUCCUCCUUAUGGCAGAUCAACAUAAGGAAGAUUAUCCUGAUGCAUCAAAUGUGUUGAAAAGAGACAGAUACAUGGAUGACUUAAUACAUUCUUGUGAAACUUCUGAUGAAGCUUUAAAGAGAAUGCAUGAUCUUGACAGAAUCCUAGCCACAGGACAGUUCCAGAUAAAGGAAUGGUAUUGUUCACUGGAGGAGGUUCGCAAACAGCUUGCACUGGAGAAGCGCGGAAAGCUGAAUGAAACAGAUAUUAGUCUUGAUGGUGAGGAGGUCAAAACCUUAGGUUUAGGAUGGAAUCCUGUGAUGGAUACUAUGAGCUUUGUUGUCAGAGAUGUGAGCACAGAGAAGUAUACCAAGAGGAUAGUGCUGUCAAAGAUGUCAAUGUUAUAUGACCCCCUAGGUCUGGCAGCAGCAGUCACUAUAAAAGCCAAGAUGGCAAUGCAAGAUGUCUGGAGACACAAGUCCUUGGACUGGGAUGACCCCCUACCUGACGAGAUGUGUGAACUAUGGCAAGGAUUAUUUGCAGAGAUGAAAAGGCUUGAACAUGUUGAAUUUGUAAGAUGCCUGAAGCCAUGUGACUCUGUCGGUUCUUCCGAGCUACAUGUGUUUGGUGAUGCAAGUAUGGGAGCCUAUGGAGCGGCAGCAUACCUACUGUGGCCAACUGUGAGAGGUACAGAAGUACAAUUGGUGUUUGCCAAGGCAAGAGUGGCUCCACUGCAUCAAACAACCAUACCAAGGUGGGAACUUAUGGCUGCCUUAGUUGCCACAAGGCUUGCCAAGACAAUCUGUAUUGAAUUUAAAGAGAAGCCAUCAGAUGUAACAUUGUGGACUGACUCUCGGAUUGUACUCCACUGGAUACACUCUGAUUCAAUAUCAUUCAAGGCCUUUGUAGGUGUUCGUAUUGCGGAGAUUCAAUCUGUUUGGGAUGCAAGUCACUGGAAGUAUGUACCAACAGCCUUGAACCCAGCUGAUGACUUGAGUCGUGGCAUAUCUGUCGAGGAGAUAAAUGGAAGAUGGGUUCAUGGUCCAUCUUUCCUGAAACUGCCAACUGAGCAAUGGCCUAUACAACCAACAGAUGAAGUAGUUGUUAAAGACAGUUCAGAGAUGAGGAAAUCUAAACUUGUUGCUUCAUGUAUCCCAGUGUUACCAGUCAUUGAAGCAGAGAAUGUGUCAAGCUGGCAGCAUCUUUUUGAGGGUUACAGCCCUUACUGUCUUCGAUUCAUCCAAAGACUUCGAGACAAAGUAAGAAAGAGUAACAGCAGACUGAGUUUGAAAUAUCUCUGCAGUGUCAUGAAGCAUCUGCAGCUGAAUUGUUCUGGGUGA